UGACGUAAAAACCUGCUCAAGGUCAACUAUACCACUCAUAACAGACUUGGAAGCCGGCGAGAGAGCAGCACUCAAGAACACACUUUUGUCAGUCGAUUCAUAACAGAAUUUUACAAUGAAUGGCGUAGUUGGUUUGACGAUAUCUACCGGAAGCGUUCGAGGAUUAGGGUCCAGCUACUCCUAUGAAGAUUUAGAUAAAAUUGCCCAAUAUGUCCUCACAUGCACAAAACAGAGACCCAAGAUAGCGAUCAUCUGUGGAAGUGGUCUAGGCGGGCUAGCUGAAACCUUGUCUGAGAAAGAAUGUCUGGCAUACAAAGAUAUUCCAAACUUUCCCGUGAGCACAGUGCCUGGCCACGCAGGACGUCUGGUAUUUGGCAAGAUUGGAGACAAGUCUGUGAUGUGUAUGCAGGGAAGAUUUCACAUGUACGAAGGCUAUCCAGCAUGGAAGUGUGCAAUGCCAGUGCGUGUGAUGAAACUGAUGGGCGUGAACACGCUGUUUGUGACCAACGCGGCGGGCGGCGUGAACCCAGACUAUCACGUGGGAGAUUUGAUGCUCAUUAAGGACCACAUCAACAUGCCGGGCAUGGCCAGCAAUAACCCCCUAGUGGGAGACAACGAUGAGAGAUUUGGUGUCCGUUUCCCUGCCAUGACAGAAGCCUACGACAAAAAACUGCGUAAACUCGCACACGAAAUAGCAAACAACCUUGGCUUUGGUGAUUUCCUGCGGGAUGGGGUUUACACCAUGCUUGGGGGACCAAGUUUUGAGACGAUUGCUGAACUGCGAUAUCUAAGACUAAUAGGGACAGACGCCAUAGGAAUGAGCACGUGUCCUGAGGUUGUCACAGCAAGGCAUUGUGGGAUGCGGGUAUUUGGAAUGUCACUCAUAACCAACGUGUGUGUCAUGGACUAUGAAGAUGAUCGCGUGCCUAACCACGAGGAGGUUUUAGAGACUGGAAAAAUGCGAGCUGGAGAUAUGGAGCUUCUUAUUCGAAGACUCGUCUCUGAAAUGGAGGAUGAGUGAAGAGAGGGGACAUUUUUUAUCAUUUACAAAAGAGCUCUCAAUAUUUUUAGAGAUAAAUAUAUAAUAUUUGUAUACAUGUGCUUUUAAGUUGUAAUAACUAUCAUGUUUCUUAAUGGUCUACUUAAGGAGGCAUUUUAUAUCAGACUUUUAUUAGUAAUGCUUUUUAUUAGUGCAAGACGACACAAAUUGAUGGGGUCACUCUACAAUCUUUUAGCCAGAUGACUCAAGUUAGACCUACUUCCAGUCUUCAGUUGUCCAUGUCUGGACACACCCCCAAUGACAGAAAUUAAAUCUUGAGUAUUUUCAUGGAAUUGAGAAGAUAUACAUAUUAAUUACUGUGAUGUGCAUUUUAAAUUUUAUGUCAUUAUAUUCAGAGGCAAGUUGGGUUCACACGACAUGAUACUUGUUCACCAGUUGCUUGUGAUUCUUAUAGGCUUAAGUCUUUUUUAAGGAGACACAGAAUUUAUCUUAGCAUGUUAAACAUUUUUAUAAGCUGACUUCAGGUUCUAAUAGGACAGAGAGGCAAUUUGGGGACAAUGUUCUGCUUUGUCAACUCUAAAUUAGUACACUAGGAAAAACUGUAAGCUUUAUUACUGAAAGUGCAGCCUUCUUGACUUUGACAACUUAGUACUUAAUAGUUGACAUUUUAUCUCCCACAUUUUCUCUUUUAACCACAGUAACAAUGUCUUACUUUGUUAUUUGUCAAUCUGUCUAUAAGAUAGAAAAAAUGAACAUCAGUCUGCUAUUGUUGGUUGUUGUUAUCAUAAUUUUAUAGAGAAUUGAUUUUAUAUGAAUUCUCAGUUGUUUUUAGUCAGGCUUGUUAUUCUUGUGAAAUAAAAAUCCAGUAUUGGAUUGUAAAUAGUAAAAGGCACACAAAAUGGUGGGGUAUUGAUAAAUGUCAGUUCUGUAAAAAGUAUCUUUUGUACAUAAGGUUUUUCGUAUGGCCGUCAUAUUAAUGACAGUUAAUUUGUGUAUAGGUUUGUCUUGUUUUUGUAAAAACAUUUUAAAGAUUAUAAAGGGAAUAAUAUUAGGUUGGCAAUGAGUUGGUUUAUUAUAAUAUUAUUAUUAUUAUUUUACAUUAAGGCUAUUCAUGUUAGUUUCACAACAUUUCUCAUGUGUGUAUAAAAUUACAUCGUAUUUUAAGAAAACAAAAAAGAAUGACAUGCUACAGGUAAAGAUAUCACUUUUUUUUCGUAAGGAAUUUUUAUAGUAGUCUGGUAAUGGAUUUUCUUAAUGUGGGUUUGUGUUUCUCUUGUUUUUUCAAGGAAAAAAGGAAUGAUAUAAGCAAGGUUAUGAGAUAUCACUGAAAAGAAAAAAAUGUGUUAAAUAGACAACAGGUUAAUCCCAAAUUUAAUCCCAUUUUACUUUUACCUCAAAAAAGUGCAAUGGUCUUCUGAGCAGCUGAACAUUGAAGUCUUAUUUUAUAUGUGAUAUUAUGUAAUAUAAAAUAUUAUAUAAUACCAUAUAUAACUGUAAAUGUUAUACAGAAUGAUAACUCUUUUGGUGAUAUCAGAUAAUGCCAUCUUUCCCGAUUAUAAAAAAAGCAAUCUUACAAUGUAUAAGUGUGUGCUUUUGUUUAUUAUUUUGUAACCAUGUAAAAAAAAUUCCUAAUUGAGUGGGGUGAAGGUAUACGGUAUAAAAAACCUGGACAUUCUCAGCAGCUAGCUUCAAACUAAGUUUACAAUGCAUCAUUCAUUCAGCAUCAGGUGUGGUAUUUUUUGCAACCAUUAAGUCAUUAGAAAGUAUAAAACAACCAAGCAUAAUAUAAAUAUAUUUUCUUGGCUAGUUAACAUAAGUUAUUGUAGAGUGGUGAUCACAUCUUGGCUCGAUUCAGAAGAAGAUCUUUAGCCUCAGGUAUGUGUGGUCUUUGGACCUGUUUUACUUAAGAACUGAAGUUGAAAGCUGGCCCUAAUUUUCAGACUGAACCUUUUCAUCUAUUUUCAGUCGUAUUUUGACACUAGGUAUAUCGGUGGUAGUCAACAACAAUGAAGUCGUUAGGUUACUUCCACAAAGCGUAAGACACGACUUAUUGUCUAAGACGUAUCUGGACAGUCGCUGGAUUAUCUUAAGUCAAAGUGCGUUCGCUUUCUCUGUCGUAUUGUUCAAACCAACUGUUGAGUUCAGUUCUCUCGUGGAGCCAGCGACAGGGUCAUAUAUACAUAAAUAACUUUUAUUUAAAGUGCACUUUAUCUUUACACAUCGGGGUCAAGCUUGAAAUAAAUAAACAUUGUGGAUAAUCUUAUUUUAUAUCUCAAAUCUUAUGUAGGUGAAUGGAUGCUUGUAUUUAAGCUUUGUUUAUCUUAGCAUUUAAAGUCAGUACAAGGUCACUUUUAAAGGAGGGCGAAAGUAAUGUUAAAAUCAUGUUUUGCAAUUGUCUUGAAAACCUCACUGAAGCAGUUUUAAUCUUUGUUAUUUGGUCACAUAACACGUUUUGUUUUAAUAUUUUAUUGGUAUGUAAUUUUAUGAACAAUAAAGUCUCAUUCCUGUUUACAA